CGUGCGCAUCACAUCGCGUUCCGCAUCUCGACGCCGCAGCCAGUACGUCCGAAAGGUGAUACACCCCACCCAGACCAGGAUGGGGCUGCAGUACUACGUCCGGGAGACGAUCUCGUGCGUCGUUGCGUACGCGUUGUGUUUGUUCUACAGCGUGCGCGUGUUGUUCGGAAUUUUGGUGCUGUUCGUCACCAAACCACACAAGAAACCGUGGGCCCAAAAGGAACGGUCUGCUCCACCGGCAUGCCUGCAAAAUCACGGAUGCGGUGAAGAUAAGUACCAGAAUGCGAAUGGCAUACGGAUACACUACGUCGAGAGUGGUGAUCGGUCGAAGCCACUGAUGGUGUUUGUGCACGGGUUUCCCGAGUUCUGGUUCUCCUGGCGCCACCAGAUGAAGGAGUUCUCCAAGGACUACUGGGUUGUGGCGAUGGACAUGCGUGGUUACGGUGACACGGAGAAACCUCAGUACCGGUACGCGUACCGCAUCGACAACAUGACGGAUGACAUCCGAUGUCUGGUGCGAGCGUUGGGUCGCCAAAAGUUCACUCUUGUUGCACACGACUGGGGUGCAGUGGUUGGAUGGCAUUUCAUUACCAAACACAUGGAUAUGAUUGACCAGUACAUCAUGAUGGAUGCUCCCUCGCAAAAGAUAGCGCGAAAGCUCUUCUCCUCCAGCAAAACUCAAUUCAAGAUGUCCUGGUACAUUUUCUUCUACCAAAUGCCCUGGCUCCCAGAGUUGUUCCUGCGGCUCAUGGACUUCCACAUCUUCAAGGUGGUCUUCCGCGAUCACGGCGGACCGGAGGUUGUCGAGGCGUACAAAUACGUCUUCUCGAAGCCAAACGGACUCACGUACCCGGUCAACUACUAUCGGGAAAACUUCCGGUUCUUCGCGAACGUGCUGAGACCUCCCAAACCAAAAACGUUCGCACGCGGCCUGUACCUGAUCGGGGAGCACGAUCUGUACAUCUCGAAAGAAACGGGACCGCUCAUGCAGCAGGAGUUCCAGAACCUGGAGUACAAGGUUGUGCCCGAGGCGGACCACUUCCUGCAGCAGCACAAACCCGAGCUGGUCAAUCGUUACAUGCGAGAGUUCCUCGCCAAAAGCUAG